AUGCACUCCACAUACUGCUCCUCUGCCAGACCAUCGACACUCACAGUGUUGUGUGUGCAGCUCAUGUGUCUGGCAGGCUGGCCCCUCUGCUCAGAGGCAGCCAGACUCCGCUGUGGUUCGGAUCUCCUCAGCGACCUCAUAUUUGUGUGCGGUGAUCGUGGGAUAUAUUUAGGUAAAGGAACGUGGUCUGGUUACGGUGCUCGGCCCAGAGGGAAGGGGAUAGUAGAUCAGUGCUGCCGAACAGGUGGCUGUGACCUUCAGCAUCUGGAGAAGUACUGUGCCAAACCAAAGAGCCGGGAGCAUACCACCGCUUGGCCAGUCACAACCACAACAGCACACACCACGACACAGCUAGAUAUGGCACAGCAGUUCGAAGCAGUAUUUCACAAGAAACUUUUAGAGCACCUGGGCACUCCCAACAGUCCAAAGAGGGAAGCUUAUAGAAAGAAAAAACAGCCUUCAGUCCAAAGGAAAGCCAAAAUGUCCUCAUCAAAAAGGAGGAUCAAACCAGCACAUCCAACAGGCCUCCCUCACCCUCUGAGAGAGCGAUGA